AUGAUUUAUGAUUAUCGCGAUCCGCUCACCGCGACGACCGCUGCCCUAAUAUUCAUUACUUCCAUUUUCGGCAUAUUUUGCAAUGUUCUUGUGAUAUAUUCAUUUUUCAAAGUGAAAAAAGAGCGAACCUCGUUCAAUUUGAUCUGCUCGUUCCGCGCUUAUAUCAAUAUCCAUAUAUUGUCCACAACAUUCCUUUGUGUCUUCUUCACAGUUAGCAUUACUGGAACCUCCAUAUAUAAUCCUACUGUCGAAUCAAUGAUAAUUGUGAUCACCAACACGUUGUACGUCGCCAAUCAGCAUUUAUCGGCCUUGGCAGUUCUCACUUUUCUAUUUUUGUACAGAAUUAUUAAGGUAUUAUUCGAGGAGCUUCCAGGAAUAGUGGAAUGCCCGAUAUUGUAUAUGACGCAAUUUCUCACAUGGAUGCCGACGUGCUCAUUUCCAGGCGGCGAUGAGCUCGUCGAUUUUCUUCUUCUCACGUUUAUCGCCGUGGCGGUGUUGAACAUUUUAAUAUUUUUUCGGAUUCUCAUGUUUUAUAUGAGCGACAAAAAGAAUGGGAAUGGGGGAAACGAGGUGGCGAAUCGGAAUCGAAUGCGCAAGAAUGUCAUAUUGUUUUUUCAAACAAUUCUUCAAGAUUGCAUUUUGCUAAUUGACGGCACAUUCACUUAUAAAUUAAGCCCGUUGAGUAAUACUCGCCUUUGGUCGUUCAUUUGUGGAACUUAUGUGUGGGAAUGCGCACACACAAUUGAUGGUUUGAUAAUGAUACUAUUCAACGAACGAUUCGCAUUAUUGAAGAAGCAUUUAUGGAUUCCGUCGCAGUCUCAAAUAUCGAUUAAUAUUCGCUCGAGUAGGCACAGUAGAUUCCAAUCGACAAACACAUGCCAUCUUCUUUAUAGCUCGAAUUUCCUUACUUGGAUGCCGACGUGCAAGUAUGUCGAUGGCGACAUUCUCGUAUAUUUCUUGCUGAUUAUGUUCAUUGCGGUCGUCGCACUCAACAUUUUAAUUUUUGCUAAAAUUUUCGUGUUUUAUAUGAAGAACUUGAAAAGCGAGAGUACGCGAAGCGAUGAGGCCACCAAACAGCGAAUGCGAAAAAACGUCAUAUUGUUCUUUCAAACAAUUCUGCAAGAUUGCCUAUUACUAAUUGAUGGUGUGUUCACAUUCAAGUUGAGAUUGAUCAUGCUUCUAUUCAAUGAGCGUGUUGCCCUUUUAAAAACUCAUUUAUUAGUACAGCCGAAUGCUCGGAAUUCGAUUAUCAUAUCGAUAUUCGGAAUAAUUUGCAAUUUGCCGGUGAUUUAUGUAUUUGUGCGAGUAAAGAAUGAAAGGAAUUCGUUCAAUCUGAUAUGCUUGGUUCGUGCUUAUAACAAUAUUCACAUAUUGCUUACCGUGUUUCUACUCAUUUUUUUCCCGAUUACGUUACUUGGUUAUUCACCGUUCAAUCCUAUACUUGAAACAGCCAUUAUCACCAUGACAAAUUCCUUAUAUGUCGCUAAUCAGCAUCUAUCCGCCGUUGUUUCUGUCAAUCGAUUUGUUUCCUUGUUUUUACCAUUAUAUUAUAACAAAUUUUUCGGUCUUACCUUAACCACUAUUGUGACAACCAGUAUACUAAUUUACCGUAUUGUUGCAGUCACAAUUGAGCAAGUUCCCGUGAUUGAGACGUGCCACGUUUUGUAUAAACCUGAAUAUCUUUCAUGGAGGCCGACUUGCGACUAUGUCGAUGGUGAUGAGAUGAUCAAUUUCAUGUUUCUUACAUUCAUCGGCGUUGCCGUCUUGAACUCGUUGAUAUUCGUCAAAAUAAUAUUUUUUUACGUGAAUGAUGCGAGAAAUGGGAGCGCUGAAACGAGAGCUCGUAUGCGUAACAAUGGAAUUUUAUUUUUUCAGACUGUAUUGCAAGAUUGCUUGUUAUUAAUAGAUUCCAUUUUCACGUUUAAGCUAAGCUCCAUGAGCGAUUCACGCAUUUGGACAUUCAUUAGUGGGACAUUUGUUUGGGAAUGCGCUCAUUCGUUCGAUGGAUUUAUAAUGAUACUCUUCAAUGAACGAUUUGCCCUCAUCAAGAAGCAUUUAUUUGGUAGAAAAUUAAUCCGCCGAUCGAUCAGCGUUCGAUCAAGUCUACCGACACUAUUCACAAAUGAUUCCGAUGAUGUCGAGAAGCCAAUUUUCGAGCACGGCAAGAAGCAGUUUCCGCCGACGGAGAAUAAGAAUGUCACGGAAAUAUUGAAAAAGUUUUUCGAGGAUUUGAAAAUUGCUUCCAAGAAAAUUGCAAUAAAAGAGAAAACUGAUGACGACAAAUCGAUUGGAAGACCUGACAGUGCGAGCUCAUCGGAGAGUGAAUCCGGCGAAUCGUCAGAAUCAUCAGAAGAUGAUUUCAAGAAGAAGGUCGACUUUAAGCCGCUGCGAAUCGAGGAGUUCGAGACGGAACAACCACAACCGGUUUUCAAAUUUUCGGCGCCACUCAAACCAUUGGACUACUUUGUGCCCGAGAAGAUAACCUAUGAUGAGUUCGAUGCGCCGAAGAAUCAAUUCGACGAGCCACCGAGAGCGCAGUUCAACGAUUUCGAAGAGCCAAGAUAUCAGCAUCCACGAGAGCCAAUAAUGGCUUAUGAUGAGCCGAAGCCAAUGACGUUUGAGACGAAGCCAAAAAUCGAUGACGAUUUGAUGGUCGAUGAAGCUCUUUCUCAAAUGUACUUGGACAAAUUCGAUGAUGAUGAUGAUGUUGAGCGCUCGAAUCAAGUUGAACACAAUAAUAUUCAACCAAAGAAUAGUCAUAAUAAUCUGAAGUUGAAUAUGAACAGAGUUGACAUCAUGUCGAUUAUUGUGGCUUCUGAAGAUUCAAAGAAGGCUUCCAAGGAUUCUGAACCAUUAUUUUUGUCUAAUCAAUCGGUUGAAUUCAAUUUGGCCAAUCUUGUCAUUCUGACCAUGUUCGUUGGAAUGCUUCUCGUCGGUAGCAAGGCGCUCUAUAGAAAGUGUUAUCCGAAACAAUCGGUUGCCCCCCAACUUCCCGCCCAAGCGCCACCGGCAAUGCCGCCAUUCUACACCCCACAAUCGGUCACCGUCGAAGCGAUUCCAAAGAAAACGCCGCAGUAA